AUGGCUUCUUCCGCAACAACAAGCAGUCCUCUAAAGAUCGUCAAGCGACCCUGGAAUGCACGUGGCCAUGCUGACCACGGCUGGCUCUACACCUUCCACACUUUUUCUUUCGCGUCCUACUACGACCCCAGUCACGAGUCUUUCGGCCCUCUGCGUGUGAUAAACGAAGACCGCGUGGAGAAAGGCACAGGCUUUGGCACUCAUUCCCACGCCGAAUUCUUGAUCUGGAGUUAUAUUGUCAGCGGCGAACUCGAACACAAAGACAGCAUGGGAAACCUCGAAAACUUGAAACGUGGAGAGGUGCAAUUUACCUCUGCAGGCACGGGAAUCAGGCAUUCGGAGUAUAACCGCAAGAGAGAUGAAGAUGUGCAUUUCUUGCAGAUUUGGGCAAAGCCGUACACGAGAGGAUUGAAGCCUAGCUAUGUGACCAGAAAGUUCACAGACGAGAUGAAGGAAAACAAAUUGGUGAGGAUCAUGGAAGAUCUCAAGAGACACAACGGCAAAGACGCUGAAGACCAACCCAUCCCUUUGCAUGCGGAUCUGAGUAUGGAUGCCAGUAUCUUGAGUCCUGGCAAGAGUGUUGUCCACGAGAUCGUUGCCGAGGGCAAGAGAAACCUCUUUGUCCAUCUUGUUAUGGGCGGACGCACGCAACCCAAGUCAGGAGGUGCAAAGAUCAGAGUUGGCGGUAUUGAGUUGGGCGAGGGCGAUGGCGCUUACAUCACCAAUGCUACCGGGCCAGGAAAGAUCGAGGUCGAGAGUGUGGGCGACAAGCCUGCUGAGUUUUUGCUGUUCGAUAUGGGUCUGUAG